CACAGAGCCAGCUGGUUUUAUGAGACACUGAGCCGGGUCCACAGUGGCAAAGAGACAGAGAGAGGAGAGGCAGAGAUAAAGAGAGGCGAGAUUCACAGUGUGUGUGUGUGUGUCUGUGUGUGUGUAGCUGCCACUAAUUACCUUCCAGCGCCUGAACCAAUCAAGAGCCAUAGAGAGGGACACAGAGGGAGGAAGCCCAUUUAGAUUCUCAGUCUAUUCCCGGGCAAAGAGGUAGACAGUGUGUUUAUUGAAUCAGAGUCAGAGAGAAGGAACGGAAGUGUUUUCUCUGGAGCGGCACAGCUCAUCCUCUCUCUCUCAUAUUUGCCAAGUCGUGCUGGGUGAAAACAGAUGGACAAGAUGAACCACAGCUCAGCUGAGGCAGAAGCUGAAACCAUUGAACCACUGCGUUACCUCAGUAAAGGGGAGGUGGCAGCCAUCGAGACAGAGCUGCUGAAGGACUACAGGUUUGGACAACAGCAACUGAUAGAGAUUUGGGGACAAGCGUGUGCCAUCGCCAUCACUAAGGCCUACCCUCUCAGCUCUCUAGCAAAGAAGCAGCCAACAGUGCUGGUGAUCUGUGGUCCAGAUCAAAAUGGCUCCAUUGGCCUGGUGUGUGCUCGACACCUGCGCAUGUUUGAAUAUGAGCCCACCAUCUACCACCCUAAACGCUCCUCUCAAAGUCUACACCAGGACUUCACAGUUCAGUGUGAGAAGAUGGACAUCCCUUUCCUGUCCUAUCUCCCCACAGAGGUGCAGCUCAUAAAUGAUGCCUACAAUCUAGUGAUUGAUGCAAUGCUGGGUCCAGAGGCAGACUGUGCCAACAUUAAGGAGCCAUAUUCUGGUAUUCUGGUCACCUUGAAGCAAAUCAAGACCCCCAUUGUCAGCGUGGAUGUGCCCUCAGGUUGGGACGUAGAAGAAACAAGCCAGGAUGGGAUUAAUCCAGAAGUUCUCAUCUCACUUACAGCGCCAAAGAAGUGCGCCGUGAGUUUCUCGGGGAAGCAUUUCUUGGCUGGACGCUUCCUGCCCUAUGACAUCCAGAAAAAAUACGAGCUUAACCUCCCAGACUACCCUGGCACAGACUGUCUCAUAGAAUUGUAACACAUGGGAAACAUAAGAGCCGAUGUGGCCGUUCCUCAUUUUCAAAAAACGUACAGUCAAUCUGUUCUCUUGUUUUGUAUUUUAUAGGUUGUUAAUGUGACUUAAUGUUAACAUCUCAGUUGUGUAGAUCAGGCUACACCUUAGCCAAAUGUGCUGUUGAGCUACAGUAGAAGGAUACUAUUUAGAAACUGUGGUUUGAGUUAUGUCUUUUUAGAGAAUGGCAUGAGUUUUUGUGUCAGUCUUCUUGUAAAAGCUGUAGCAUUACACUGUUUUCUGAUUACUUUGCAAAAAAAAAAAA